AUUGCGAAUGCGAACCCGCGACAAGCUUAUUGCUCCUUUCGGUCCUUCCCCUGCGCGCCGCGAGUGAAUUCCGCUACCCCAAUCAAUCCGACGCCAGAGAGAGAGUGGCGACUGGCGACGCGGUCCGGUCCCCCCAAUUCCCAACGGCCGGCGGCGCGACACCCCGAUCCGGAUCCCAUCGCCUGCCGGGAGCCUCGAUUCGGGCGGCGGGGACGACGAUUCGACCGCGUCGGUAACCAGGCAGGGGAAAGGAGGGGAUGAGCUUCCAGGACCUGGAGGCGGGCCACGUCCGGGGGGCGCCGCCCGGCGGCGGCCGGAGGAGCGGCCGGGCGGGGGGCGCCGGCGCCGGCGCCGGCGCGUCGCAGGCCGUGGCGUCGGGCGUCUUCCAGAUCAACACCGCCGUCGCCACGUUCCAGCGCCUUGUCAACACGCUCGGCACGCCCAAGGACACCCCCGACCUCCGCGACAGGAUACAUAAAACACGGCAACACAUAACACAGCUAGUGAAGGAUACAUCAGACAAGCUUAAACAAGCCAGCGAGGCGGAUCAUCGCGUUGAAGUCAGCGCUACCAAGAAGAUUGCUGAUGCAAAGCUAGCUAAAGAUUUCCAAGCAGUCCUAAAAGAAUUCCAGAAAGCCCAACGAUUAGCAGCAGAGAGAGAAGCUGCAUAUGCACCUUUUAUUUCUCAAGCGGGCUUGCCACAGAGCUACAACUCAAGUGAAGUGAAUAAUGGUGCUGAUAGGUUGGCAGAGCAGCGCACACAGCUUCUAGAAUCUAGAAGGCAGGAGUUGGUCUUCUUGGAUAAUGAAAUCGUGUUCAAUGAGGCCAUCAUUGAGGAGAGGGAUCAGGGAAUACAAGAGAUUCAGCACCAAAUCACUGAAGUAAAUGAAAUCUUCAAAGAUCUCGCUGUGCUAGUCCAUGAUCAAGGAGCAAUGAUAGAUGACAUUGAUUCCCAUAUAGAGAACGCCGUUGUAGCGACUUCGCAGGCUAAAGGCCAGCUUUCAAAGGCUGCUAAAACUCAGAAGUCGAACUCUUCUCUGAUAUGCUUGUUGCUCGUUAUUUUCGGAGUGGUCCUGCUCAUAGUGAUAAUAGUACUUGCAGCCUAAAAGCUUGGAAGGCAGCUGGGGUUCCGAAAUCUGAUCGAGAGCUUAUUGCGACAAAUUCCUUCAUAAGUUAUUUUUGCUGUGCUGCUAGGAAUGAUUCCUGGUACCCAGGCGGUGAUUGGCGCUCUGCUUGUGGUGUGGCGGUAUAUGUGGUGAUGAUGAAAUCUGAUACAUAAAAGUACUCUUUCCUGCAAGUGUAGUGCCUCAUGCACGUUUUUGUUUAUAUAUUGUGAUGUAUGAGUGCGUGCUGUAGAACAAGGUUGGAUUAUCCGUGGCAUGAAGUUUCUCGAUCUCAUGAGAAACGCUUUUCUAUAUUUCAUCUCGCACUACGCUUCUCUAUCAGUA